AUGGCACAGGCAGUGGGAGUCACUUCCUGUAAGAGACGUUCCUGUAGAAGUGGCAGGUUGUACAGGAGAAGCCACACUCGGGAUGCACCUACUUCUGCAAGCAGGGCACCUGUGAGGUUCCGGAAUCUCCCAGGCGAGAAUCUAAAAUAUGACGUCGAUUAUGUCUCACACAGACACGGAAGAUGUGGGGCCCUUCCUGAAGCACUUAAAUAUGAAACUGUGAGCUACAAAAACAGCCACCGUGUCAUUGAACUGGCCAAACUGCGAGAAAACAGCACCCUGCUGUCCAAUAGAACAGGGAUCAGGGACCAUUGCAGAAGUCGUCCUGGGAAGAUGAGUGCUGCUCUCACUGCCAGCCAGAGAACCAAGUUUGUGGACAUGAUGGUAAACAGCGAGGAGACUCAAAGCUCAUCAAAGCAGCAACUAAGAGGCUGUGAAGUGCUCAGCACUGAUGGAGACUUCACCCAAUGCUCUCCAAGACUUAGGAAACACUGUCAAAGAGGGGGUGGCAAGAAGUACUUCCGGGCACUGUCUUCCCAACAUGAGCUGGCUGGUGCAUUCCCGACCCCACCGUGGGUAACCAAUACCCCCACGAGAGCAGCAUGGCUCUGA